AUGAUUCGACUGACGAUAAUAAUCUUAGGUUUCACCACCUUAGUCUGCGCUACCUCCGUUACAAGCAAUUCGGCUGUGAAACGAGAGGAAAAUCAAGGUAGCUCUAGCUCAACAAGCAGACAAGCCAGCUCCAGCAAUCUCGCUCAAACAGCGUCCCAGGCUAACUUGUAUUAUUACUACUAUCCCGUGCAAGAGAAGAAGCAGUCUUCAGAAGAUUACGAAACCUCUGCCUCCAAUUAUAAUCCUGUCAGAGCCUCAUACGGUACCAACGUAGGGCAGAACUAUGAUUCUUCCGAUGUGUACCAGAGUGCAGCUAGCUCUCAAGAUGCAACUGCCGGAGGAUAUGGAAGUCAAACCGCAGGGUUUAGUGGUGAAAACAGCUUUGCAGGAGGUAAUUUCGGAGGUCUCGGUGCUGUCAGUGAUAUAAACCAGGUGAACGCCGGGGGCUACGGUGGUCUAGGACAACUAGCAGCGGCAACUGGAGGUUACGGAGUUAACGCUCUCCCAGGCCAAGCAGCAACAGGAGGCUACGGAGUUGGAACAUCUGGCAACAUCGGCCAGUUGACUGCUGCAGGCUACGGAGGUGCUGGAAUUGAAGGUUACAGUGGGCUGGGUGCUGCAGGAAGUCCGGCUUUACCCCAGUUUUCGUCUGGAGGUUAUGGAGUUGGCUUCAACCAGGCAGGUGAUUUUGGAGGUAGUGGAGCGGUAAAUGGAUAUGGUCAAUUUGGGACUCAAGGAGCGUUCGGAGGUUAUGGACAAGGUAACUAUGGUGGGUUUGGAGACCUACGACCCGCUGCUAGUUCCAUCAUAGGGUCAACUGGUGGAGAGGCUCAAUCUUCUCUAGGCCUAGGGUCCUUGAUAAUGCCCAUGUUAGCACUGGCAGGUCUAGGACUUAUUCUUCCUUCAGUGUCGUCUUCACUUACGAGCAGUAGUCGUCGAAAGCCGGAUAUCACAGGAAACUGGAGAAAUACUACUCCAUCUAUCGGUCAGCAGUGGAAAAUGAGGAAUGUCUCAACCGAGUAA